AUGCCGUGUUUGGCUCAGCGGUUUGGGGAUAAAGACAUCCUGGAGCCUUCAGAGGAGCUUCGGCUUUCGACUUUGGAGAUGCUGUCACUAACUGUUGAGGUGUGCGGGAAACACAUGGCGCCUUAUUUAAAUGAAAUGAUGAAUAUACUUCAAAGAAGCAUCGUGGACCCCUUUCCGGAUGUGAAAAGAGAAAGCUGCAAAUGUACAACACGAUUUGCUAAAUGUGUGCCAGAGCACUUCCACAUGCAGGCGGAGAGUCUGGUGAAGCCUCUAAUGCAGACAGUAUCUCAUCAGCACUCCAGGGUCAGAGUGUCUGCUAUUGAGGCCACAGGAGCAGUCAUUCAAUACGGCACCGGCAAAAAUGUCAACGAUGUAGUGUCUCAUUUGGCACAGAGACUUUUCGACGACUCGCCACAGGUAAGAAAAGCUGUGACUGUUGUUGUUGGUCACUGGCUUCUCCACUUGCCAGACAGAUACUCGUACUUCCACAAACUUCUUCCACUACUUCUAACAAACAUCGGUGAUGAGAUACCUGAAAUCAGACUUCAAGCUGCGGAUCUAUGGAGACAAGUUGGUGCUCAAUGGGAAAAGGAGAAUGAGGACGAUAUAAAAGACAAGCUGGACUUUCUCCUCACCCCACCUCCCUUUUAUCCAUCAGGAGUGGAGCGUCCGGGGCUGGGCUGUCGAGAGCUUGUUGUGAGAAACCUCGGCAGACUUGUACCUGCGAUCACCCACGACGUCACCGAUUGGUUGGUCGCCACUCGGAUUCGAACGUCACAACUGUUGUCUGUGCUGCUCCUUCACGCUGAGGACCACAGCACACAACACCUCCAGCCUCUGCUGACCGUGCUUUAUCGGGCCUGCACAGACACAGAAAAGGACGUCGUCAACAAUUGUCUGGAAGCUGCAAAACUAUUGGGAACCUUUGUCCCUCCUGCGGUCUUCCUCAAGUUAAUGCUCGGUCAUGUGACAUACCCCUGCUCCGUGUCUCAUCCUUGGACUCCUCUUAUGGUGCUGAGUGCAGUGUUAGGAGGCUGCCCCAAGCCCCUCCUCAAACCACACCUGGAAGAAGUGACCAACACCUUAGCUCAACCCGACAUCUGCCAGCAGUAUCAACAGGUCGUGUACUUGGAGCAGCUGCUGGCCUGUGUCGACGUCCUGUUGCAUCAAUGUGAUUCUGAAUGCAGUUCUGUCAGUCUGCAGCUCCUCAAAGUCUUGGUCACAGUGCAGAGUCUUUCCACGGAGCCAGAACUCACUGAAAGGGCCAUAGUCAGUCUGCAGGUGCUGUGUAAGGUGCAGGGCCUGGACUCGCCGCAGCAGCUCUACAGAGUCCACAUGGAGCAGCUGAUGGACUGGCUCUGCACCUCUGUCAACAGCUGGACCAGUUAUUCCCUGGAGAGGCUCAAGCUACAUAUCAUAGUCACACAAUCAGGUCCAGUGAUUGGCGAGUUCGUGGGCCGCUUGAUGCAGAUUCUCCUGAAAUGUCUUCAACCAGAAAAAGAUCAUGAGAUGAAAAUGAGUAUUCUCACUAUGAUGGCCAAAUUACUGUUGGAGGCUCCGCACACCGUGGAUUCUCAAGGCCUUUUCCUGGAGCAUUCAGAAAAGUUUCUCUGUGACAUCCUGCUUCCUAACAUGGUGUGGCGUGCAGGGAGGACUGCAGCUGCUGUGCGCACGGCAGCCAUCAGCUGCCUACUGGCCCUGCUGCAUGGAGGAGCCAUCACACCUGCACAGGUGCUGCGUGUUGAGGUGAAACUGAGUCCUCCGAUGUUGUCAGCUCUGGAAGAGGACUCGCAGAUGGCCCGACUCUUAGCUUGCCGCUCUGUGUCCACGAUUCUCCGACUGGUUGGAUCGAGUCUUCACCCGGACGCUCUGAACAGGAUUUAUCCAGAGCUGCUGAAGCGCCUGGACGACAGCAGCGAGGAGGUGCGCGCCGUGGCCUUGGAGGCGCUGGGUCUGUGGUUCACCGGUCUGAACCAAGACUACAGUCCAGACCUCUGCGUUUCUCACCUCCAGCUGCUCUUUCAACAACUGCUUCUGCAUCUGGACGACCCCGACAGCGCCGUGCAGGACCGAGUUUUGGAGAUCUUGAAGAAAGGCAGCGUGGUUCAUCCGUCUCUGCUGAAGUCUGAGACAGAGGCAGUCAGAGACAAACAGCGGAGUCCGGGGCACUGCGACCGUCUGCUUCAGCACAUCCGCUCUGUGACCUCUCAGCCGCCCACACCACAGACCUAA